GGCAUGGACACAGUGCUUCUGUUGGUGUUGAUAUGCAUCUCAGCUGCCUUGUGCCACAAUGAGGAAGAGGGGCUCCUUAAUGACUUGAUGAAGAAUUACAAUAAAAACUUACGUCCUGCAGAAAAGGAUGGCGACAUUGUUAGUGUCAGCAUAAAACUAACUCUAACCAACCUCAUUUCCCUGAAUGAGAGAGAAGAAGCUCUGACAACCAAUGUCUGGGUUGAAGUGCAAUGGAGAGACUAUCGGCUGAGCUGGGACCCCAAUGAAUACUAUGGAAUUAGCAUGAUGCGAAUUCCUUCAACAUCGGUGUGGCUUCCAGAUGUUGGCUUAGAAAACAAUGUGGAUGGGACAUUUGAUAUUGCACUAUACGCCAACACGCUGGUAUCUUCAGAUGGUUCAAUGUACUGGCUUCCUCCUGCCAUCUACCGAAGCUCUUGCCCUGUUGUAGUCACCUAUUUUCCUUUUGACUGGCAGAACUGCUCCAUGGUGUUCCAGUCACAGACUUACAGUGCUAAUGAGAUUGAAUUACUUCUUACAGUUGAUGAACAGACAAUUGAAUGGAUAGAAAUAGACCCUGAAGCCUUUACAGAAAAUGGGGAAUGGGCAAUAAAACACAUGCCAGCCAAGAAAAUCAUAAAUCAUCGCCUCACUCCUGAUGAUUUAAAUUAUCAGCAGAUUGUCUUCUAUCUCAUCAUUCAACGGAAACCUCUCUUCUACAUCAUCAACAUCAUUGUACCAUGUGUCCUUAUCUCCUUCGUCAGCAUCCUGGUCUAUUUCUUACCAGCCAAAGCCGGGGGACAAAAGUGUACAGUGUCCAUUAAUAUCCUGUUGGCCCAGACUGUCUUCCUUUUCCUUAUUGCCCAGAAGAUUCCAGAGACUUCAACAGCUGUGCCACUUAUUGUAAAGUAUCUGACAUUUCUGAUGGUUGUGACUAUUACCAUUGUUGCCAACGCUGUCAUUGUUUUGAAUAUCUCUCUUCGCACACCAAAUACUCAUAGCAUGUCAAGCACUGUCCGAGAGCUUUGUUUGAGAACUGUUCCUCGUCUACUGAGGAUGCAUCUCCGCCCAAGUGAUGCAGCACCUCCCCUAGCACCGCUUAUGCGUCGCAGCAGCUCUGUGGGGCUGAUGAUAAAGGCAGAUGAAUAUAUGUUGAGAAAACCUCGCAGUCAGCUCAUGUUUGAGAAGCAAAAGGAAAGAGAUGGCCUAAUGAAAGUGGUGCUGGAUAAAAUAGGAAGGGGAAUGGAAAACAAUACAUCAGAUGAUCUGGUCCACAGCCUUAAACAUGCGGCUCCAGAGAUUCGCGCUUGUGUUGAAGCCUGCUGCCAUAUUGCCAGUGCGACUAGAGAGAAGAAUGAGUUUAAAAGCGAGAAUGAAGAGUGGAUCUUGAUUGGGCGAGUGAUUGACCGGGUCUGCUUCUUGGUUAUGUGUUUCCUUUUUUUCCUUGGAACUAUUGGAACCUUCUUGGCUGGCCACUUUAACCAAGCCCCUGCACUUCCUUUUCCUGGAGACCCCAAGCUUUACCAGCCAAGUACCUGAAAGGAUCAAUAGUAAUCAUAUGCUCCUGAGCCAUACUGACAUGGUUGACUACAGUAUUUCUACCUCUUGUGAUGGUGAAAUAACUGUUGUAAGUCUGCAAGGCUUGCUUCUUUUCUUUUGGGCAGGAUUCCGUGGGUAGUACUGGAAGACGGGUUUGGAUCUACAAAAAAAGUUGACUGUGCAUGUGCUGUUCAGAGAUGGUUUAGGGUGAUUUUUAUUGAUAGUGUCACUUGAGUGGCUGACACGCUAUCACAACAAUUUGAGCGCACUGAAAUAUUAGUGACACUGGAUUUUUUUAUAACUGGAGAUAAUGAUUGGAAAUGCCAAUCCAAGGUUCUUUUCUUUGACUUUUACAGCAGAGAAGACAUGUUCCUCUUAUCAAACUGUGCAUUUGUUUCUCUGUGUACUGAAACUGUGCCAAGUUUAUUCUUAAACUAUUCUGAAAUGUAAGAAAACUUUGCCAUUAAAACAUUUACUGAAUUCAA